GUAAGGAUCAAGAUAUAAGAAGCCAAAUUUAGUUUUUGUUUUGAGGAUACCGUAGGUUGACUGGAAUUGUUGUACAAACGUAGCUAGGCUUGUCACAUGGAAACUACAGAUAUGAUAUGAUGUGGGCACGGAUUCAAGGAAGGAAAACUUUGUUUUACCUACUAAACUACUACUAUUAUUGCUACUUUGUACAUUCCGGUGUAUGGAAUUGAUGGGAGUUCAGUUGAGUGUUAAUAAACAAAGAACCAUGAAAUUACCACAUUGUCUCAAGGAUCAUAUGUAGAUAUCUCUACAUUAGUAAAACAAAGUCGAUUCUUCAACGGAUACUGCAUGGAUGAAGGAAUUCGACACGGCAAAGCCCCCGGGCGUGAUACUCGCGAACACCGCACAAGUACUAAAGUCUGACGUGACGUGACACAGUGAGUAAUUCAAUGAAAUGAAACUCAGAAGUGAAAUCGGCUGAAUGAAAUGAAACUUUGAAGUGAAAUCGGCUAGACUCUAUAGCUCUACACGUUACUGCUGAUUUGAAAGGAAUGUUUAUCAAGUAAAUUGCAAUUAUGCUGGAUGGGAAUACUACUCCCAAAUCCCCAGGUGGGAAAGAUAAGGAACUGAGCAAUGCCAAUGGCAAUGAUAUCGAUCAUGUCGUGAAAGAUAAGGAACUGAGCAAUGCCAGUGGCAAUGAUAUUGAUCAUGUUGAUGAUAAGGAGAGUGGUGCAACAAGGAGCUUUACUAGAGAAAGAGAUCUAGAGAAUGGGAAAGAAGAUCAAGAUGACUCAGAAUCCACAUUGUCAUUAUGUGGAUCAUCGGCCUCUUCUGCCAGUACUGCAAAGAGGAGAGAAAGAGAGAGAAAGAAGGAAAGACAACUUAAAGCAAAGUUGAUAGCCUUACAUCAAACGAGUGAACUUGAGAAGAAACUGAGAACACUUCAAAAACAACAUGAAAUGGAACAAGCCGGACAAGAAAUACGAAUUGCAAAAGAAAAGGCUGAGAAUUUGAGAAAGAGUCAGCUUUUGAAGGAUGAAGAAGCGGAGAUUGAAAGACAAAAGACUGCUAUUCUCUUGCAAGCAGAAUUGAAGCUUCUACAACAAGACUCAGAGGAAGAGCUACAGAAAUGGAAAGUGGAAGGUGAUUCUUUCCGUGAUCGUGGACAAGAACGAGAACGAGUUAGAGGUGAUUUUGUCGGUGAUCAUGGACAAGAACGAGAUCAAGUUAGAGGUGAUUUUGUCGGUGGUCGUAGACAAGAACAAGAACAAGCCUUUCGCAAGGAACCUGUGAGCAAUGAAGAAGGAGCCACCAAACAGAUGCUUAGGGAGAUGAUUAGAUUCACUGCAGAAAACAGUCUACCAUCGCCAGAUCUCGAGCCGUUCAAUGGGGAUCCACUUGAUUACCUUACCUUUAUAAGGAAUUUUGAAUAUGUGGUUGAAAAGAGAACUGAUGAACCUUUCAGAAGACUAGAGCUUCUACUAAAAUACACACGAGGAGAAGCGCAUGAGCUUAUUCGAGAAUGCCCCCACAUACAACCAAGUAAGAGGGCAUAUGAGACUGCCAAGUCCAUGCUACACAGAGACUAUGGAAAGCAGAGUAACAUAAUAAAUGCAUACAAGGAAUGGGCAAUUGCCUGGGAGCAGAUACGAUCAGGAGAUAGGCAAGGAUUGCGAAAAUUCGCAAUAUACCUCAAUAAUUGCUCACAUGUUAGAGCAGCAGGGGACUUAGGAGGCAUGGAUAGUGCAAGUUUUCUGAGAGUUCUGGCAAGCAAACUACCCUUGUAUCUCCAACAGAAGUGGAUCUCACGAGUAGGCCUGACUCGUGAUAUUGCCAAUAGGAAUCCCACCCUGGACGACCUUGCACAGUUCGUCAUACAGACUGAAAGAAACAUUAACGAUCCCAUGGUACAGGGAUUGGGAUAUCAGAGGACUGAGAAAAAUGCUUCCUACAAUAAAGAUGAGAAAGAAAAACUACAAAAAUCAAGAAGCACAAAGGCAUUUGGUACAGCUACACAACAGGAUAGGGAGCAGAAGGACAAGAGGGAUCCAAGUUGUACUUUCUGUGGCACCAACUCAAGGCAUGUUAUUGACGAGUGCCGAAAAUUUGAAGCCUUGACAGUUGAAGAAAGAUCAGAGCAAUGUAAAAGGAAAGGCCUCUGCUUCCGAUGCCUGAAACCAAAACAUCUGAAAAAGGAAUGCAAGAGUAAGAUCAAGUGUGAUGUCUGCGACAGGAUGCACAACACUCUAAUGCAUGAUCCCAGGUGGAUGAAAGACGGAGAAGGAAAUACAAGGAAAACCACCAAUGAUGCUUCAACAUCUACCGAUGUGCAAAGUGAAGCUGGAAAGAUCUCUUCAGGGUCUACCAAUGUGAAGAAAAGUGUUGGAGGAAAACCCCAGACAUCGACAUGCAUGACGAUAGUUCCAGUCAUCGUGAAGCACAAAGGAAAUGACAGAUGCAUAUCAACUUAUGCAUUCAUAGAUAAUGGAUGCGGAACAGUCUUCUGUGACACAGAACUUACCCAAAGGCUGCAUGCAAGAACUAGGAAAACCAAGCUAAUAGUCAAGACAUUGAAUCUUGAAGAAGUGAUAGAUACAGAAGUCACUGUAGAUGAGCUGCAGAUCGCAGGAGUAAAGGAGAAGGAAUUCAUCAAUCUUCCGCCCAUCUAUGUCAAAGAUGGUAUACCAGUGACAGUUUCAGAUGCUCCAACUCAAAAUGAUCUGAAACGAUGGAAACAUCUGAAGGACAUAGAAUUGCCAGAAAUAAGUAACAGCAACUCUAUUCCAAGGGUAACUCUCAUGAUUGGAGCCAACGUUCCGUCAGCAUCGAUGCCUCUAGAAAUUAAAGCUGGUGACAUCGAAGAACCAUAUGCUAUCCGCUCAAGGCUAGGUUGGCUCGUGUAUGGUAUACAAGCUCAAGAGCAAGCAGAUAUUCACAAAGUCUGUUUUUGUAAACAGGAAGAAGUUUCCAUCAUUCCUAGACAAGAGGAAUUAGAACGGAAAUUCAAAGACUUCUGCAAUAUGGAAUUUACAGAGAGACUAAGUGAUCACAGAGAGGGCCUGUCAGUUGACGACAAGAAUUUCUUGGACAUAAUGGAGAAAUCUAUCACUAAGAAAGACAAUCAUUAUCAGAUGGAUCUGCCCUUAAAGCAGAGAGAUGUGGCUAUGCCUAACAACAAGGACCAAGCUGAAAGAUUUCUGGAAAGACAAGGACAGAAGUUAUCAAAGAACAAGGAAAUCCAUGAACAGUACACCACAUUCAUGAAUGAUCUGGAAAAGCAAGGCUAUGCAGAGAAGGUUCCAGAAGCAGACUUGGACAGACAUGAUGGGAAGGUAUGGUAUAUCCCUCACCAUGGGGUGUAUCAUCCCCAAAAGCCAGGAAAGAUUAGAGUAGUCUUCAAUUGUCCUAUCAGCUACAAAGGAAAGUCUCUUAAUCAGGAACUCCUACAAGGACCAGAUCUAACCAACAGAUUGCUUGGUGUUCUCCUCAGAUGGAGGAAAGAGAAAGUGGCUAUAAUGGCAGAUAUACAGUCUAUGUUCUAUCAGGUGAAAGUUACACCAGACCAAUGCGACAUGCUGCGUUACUUGUGGUGGCCUGAGGGGGAUAUCACCAAAGAGCCAGUAGCCUACAGAAUGCUAGUCCAUCUUUUUGGGGCUACAUCUUCUCCCAGUUGUUCGAAUUAUGCCCUGAAAAGAACAGCAAAGGACAAUGAAGGUUGUGCAAAGGAAGAAGUCCUAGAUGCCAUACAGAAAGACUUUUACGUUGAUGAUUUUCUGAAGUCAGUGUCAACACCCCAAGAAGGCAUUGAUCUAGCUGAAUCAUUAAGACAAGUGUUGUCCAAGGGAGGCUUCAAGUUAACCAAAUGGUCAAGCAACAGACGAGAGGUCUUGGAUUCCAUUCCAAAGGAGGAACAUGCCGUUGAAUUGAAGGAUUUGGACUUACAAAGGGAAGUUCUUCCAACUGAACGAGCUCUUGGUGUGAGAUGGGAUCCAGAAAAUGACCAGUUAGGCUUCAAAUUGAAAGAAAUGUCAAGAAAGGCUACUCGUCGAAACAUCCUAUCAGUAAUGAGCUCAGUCUAUGAUCCCUUCGGGCUAGCAGCACCAUUCGUUCUGAAGGCUAAGAUAAUUCUGCAAGAAUUGUGCCAAGCUAAAUUGGACUGGGACCAGUCAAUCCCUGAAAAGCAGAAAAUGGAAUGGGAACAUUGGAUGAAUGAGCUACAAAAUCUUGACCAGGUGAAGACUGAAAGAUGUCUAAAACCAAAGAACUUUGGUAUAGUAACAAACAGACAGCUGCACCACUUUGCCGAUGCUAGCAUGGAUGGCUAUGGUGUUGUGACCUACUUGAGACAGACAGAUGAGAAUGAAGAGGUUCAUGUGGCAUUUUUGACAGCUAAAGCCAGGGUUGCCCCACUGAAGCCUCACACUAUUGUGAAGAUGGAGUUAACUGCUGCAACACUCGCAGUAAAGCAAGACAGUAUGAUCAAGAGGGAAAUGAAUAUGGAGUUGGAUGAGACAGUAUUUUGGACGGACAGUCAAACAGUUCUGAAAUACAUUGCCAACGAAACUGCCAGAUAUCCAGUAUUUGUGACAAACAGACUGAGUAUCAUCCGAGAUGGAUCAGAGACAAAUCAGUGGAAGUACAUUCCUACCAAGUUAAACCCGGCAGAUCAUGCAUCCAGGGGAUUGGAUGCCAGUGAACUAACCAAGAAGAAGGAAUGGUUUGAAGGCCCAGAAUUCCUAAAGCGGUCUGAAGAAAUAUGGCCAUCUGAGGGUGUGAAAGCUCCAGCAAGAAUGGAGAAAGCUGAUGAUACUAUGUCAGGAGAUUUGGAUGAGACUCACAUUCAUGCCACAAUGAUAAACAAGGAGGAUCCAAUAAGUGCACUCCUGUCGCAUUAUUCUGAUUGGGAUAAGCUGAAACGAGGAGUUGCCUGGAUAUUGAAGUUCAAGAAAAUGCUACAAGGAAAGAGGAAAGGAAUAGAUGGCAAUUCCAGUGAAAUGUUCAGCCUGUCAAAUAAGGACAUUGAAGAUGCCGAAGUCGCAAUUGUUAAACAAUUGCAACUUGAAUCAUUCCCAGAGGAAAUGAAACGACUGGCUGGUCACGGAGAAGAGAAAGGAGUACCAAAACGCUCUACCCUUAGUAACCUUGAUCCAGAAUUGAGCAAUGGGUUACUUCAAGUAGGUGGAAGGUUGCAGAAUGCCCAGAUUCCAAGCAGUGCUAAACAUCAAUACAUCCUACCAAAGAAGCAUCAUGUAACCACUCUUUUAAUGCAAUACAUCCAUAGGAGAGUUGGUCAUCAGGGACAAAAUCACAUGGUAGCUGAAUUACGACAGAAAUUCUGGGUGGUAGGAGCUGGAGUUUUAGCACGAAACAUAGCAAGGAAAUGCAUCAUUUGCAGAAAGAACCAAGGAAAGGCUGGUCAUCAGAAAAUGGCAGAACUUCCAAGAAGUCGAGUUCAGAGUGACGAGCCGGCGUUCACCAGAGUUGGCAUGGACUAUUUUGGUCCUUUUGAAAUAAAGUGUGGAAGAAGCAUAAGGAAAAGAUAUGGCGUAAUCUUCACAUGCCUGUCCUGCAGAGGGGUGCACAUUGAAGUUGCAUCGAGUCUAGACACAAGCUCCUGUAUUGAGGCUAUUCGUCGCUUCAUCAGCCGCCGAGGACCUAUGAAAGAGAUGUUCUCGGAUAAUGGUACAAAUUUAGUAGGAGCUGAAAGGGAACUGAAGCAGGCAUUAAAGGAGCUGAAUCAAGACCAGCUGAUCAACUUUCAUGCAAACCAUGGCAUGAAAUGGCAUUUCAAUCCUCCUGCUGCUUCCCAUCAGGGGGGAGUAUGGGAACGCCAAAUUAGAACAGUCAGAAAGAUACUGUGUGCAGUCAUGAGAGAGCAGUAUCUAAAGUCCUACCAGAACGAGGAGCAGCUCCAUACAUUCAUGUGUGAAGUGGAGGCCGUCAUAAAUAGUAGGCCUCUUACCCGAUGUUCAGACAACCCAAAUGAUCUGGAUGUAAUCUCACCAAACAGCUUGCUGACUAUGAAGGGUUCAACGACGCUACCUCCAGGGAUCUUCGACGACAAGGACAUCUACGCAAAGAAGCGGUGGAAACAGAUGCAGUACUUAGCAGACCUAUUCUGGAAGAGGUGGGUGCGAGAGUACCUGCCUUCUCUACAACGCCGACAAAAGUGGCUGCAGCCAAGUCGUAACCUUCAGGUGGGGGACAUUGUACUCGUCAUAGACGAAACAGCGCACAGAUGUUCCUGGUCCAUGGCCCGAGUGCAAGAGGUUAUGCCAGACAACAAGGGGUUCGUCCGCAGAGCGAAAGUGAAAACUGCAACAACAUCGCUAGUAAGACCAGUAACCAAGUUGUGUAUUCUACUGGAGCAGGAAAUUUGAAUGGAGUUUGUCUCAAAUUUAUGAAAGGAUCUACAUGUAUAAUAUGUGAAAGUGCCUUUAAAUGGAUGUGCUUUGAAUCAUUAUUGGAGGAGGAUAUCAAGCAAAUGAAGCAAUUUGUGUUUGGAUCAAGCGAACAAGUGGAAUUCAGAGCGCCAGUGAAAUUUUGUGUUUGUGUUAAAGUGAGAAGUAAAAUAUUAAUAGCCCUUUGGCUAAUAAGUGGUAAUCAUUUGUGAUAAUGAGCCAAUACAGGAUCAAAACAUGUUUAAUCGCGAAUUUGCAUUGGAUCAACACAUCUUUAAUCGCGAAUUUGCAUUGGAUCAACACAUCUUUAAUCGCGAAUUUGCAUUGGAUCAACACAUGUCAAGUCGCGAAUUUACACAGGAUGAUUUUGUCAACACGCGAAUUGCAAGAGAGCAAAGUUUUACGCGAUUUCAAGAGAGGACGCUUCCAUGAAAGGAUGUCAAUUUAAGACAUUUAAUUAUGAUAAGUCAGCACCGAAUAUUGUUUAGUCUUUGCAAGAACGAUAAAGGAUAUGAACAUGAACUGGAACGAACUAGUGAACUUUCAAACUGUUUAAGUUGAACUCUGUGAAAUGCUAUUCAUGACUGAAAUGUUUGUUUUGAAAUUUGAUGUUUUAUACUCAUACAUGUGCAUGUAAGUUUGUUGAGUUUCAAUAUUUCUUUGUGUUGUCACAAUUGGGAUGUUUAAAUUGAGGAUGAUUGAACAUACAUGUACACAAAUAAUUAAAAGAGAAUAUUUUGUUAAAAAUUUGUUCAAGGUAAUGAUUGAAUUAGCCUCAGAGUUAAAAUCAGAUACAUUUUGUUAAUAUAAAACAUACCAGAAAGAGAGAACUCAAAUAGGGUUAAAGGGAGAAAGUGUUUUGAAAACAGUGUAUUUGUUGACAUAGAAAGUUAGAAAUUUCAUUUUAUUAGAUGUUCAGAACAUUAACAUGAAUGAAAAGAUUUAAAUAUAUGUGUCUGCACUCUGCAGUGUAGAGCAUUAUAAGGAAGUUCAGAUUGUGUUAUAUUUAAAUUGAGGAUUAACAUGUUUAAGUGUAGUAAGGAAUGUUAUUUAGUUUUAUGUGCAAAUGGCAAGGAUAUUUGCAUGUGCUUAGUAGUCAAUCCACAAUGUGACUUCAGUCAUGCAGGUAAACUUCGGACAGAUUGAUAUAUGCAAAUAGAAAGAACAAGGUUAAUGUUCAAGCAGAAGUGUAAGUAUUACAUGUAUGAAGAUGGUAUUAUGCACAAUGCUAAAUAUUUCCUUUUUUCUAUUGUUUGAAAGUACAUGUGCAUCUACGUUAUUUCGAUGUUCCUUUUAUGUUGAUGUACAUGUACAUCAGUUCAGUUCAAUUGAAGGUGUUCAGAAAUUGUUUUAUGUUCAAGUAAAAACAAAAGGAAAAAUGUUAAAGGUAGUAAAUAUAGCCACUAAUUAUUCUUGUUUUAGAAGAACAAUUCUUGUGUUUGGAUUUCAUAUUACUGGUUUAUUUCCAGAGUUAUAUUUUGAAAGGCAAUUAUAACAAAAAUGGUGUUUUUGAUAAUUUAAUUACCAUAGGUAUUACAUUUUGACAAAAGUUUGACAAAAGUUUGACAGCUAUGAGUAAACAUUGAAAAUAUUUUGAUUUAAAGUUAUCAUUGAUUCAUGAUUAUUUUGUAUUGGAUGCUUUUGUUGAGUUGAUACAGGAAUGUUUAUAGUAAUCCAGGGAUAAAGCUCGAUUUUGCAGAAUUUAGUGUAUUCUGUGCAUUUAGAUAGUAAAAAUUGGCAGAGUAUAGAGAGAUAAGUGUUACAUCUCAUUGUGAUUAUGAUUUGUUUUGGAAACAGUUAGGUAUUAUAUAAAUAGAAAGUGUUUGAAUUUAAUUUUACCUAGGUUAUGAGACAAUAUGUAGAAAAUGGUUGUAAACAUUUGAUAAUACAUGUAGAUAACAGUUGGUAUUUUGUUAAUUUACAUCAGUGGUGGACAAUUAAGUUUUGGUUAAAUAGAUGUUAAUCGUUGCAUCCUCUAGCUGCAACUGGGGGGAGGAAUGUAAGGAUCAAGAUAUAAGAAGCCAAAUUUAGUUUUUGUUUUGAGGAUACCGUAGUUGACUGGAAUUGUUGUACAAACGUAGCUAGGCUUGUCACAUGGAAACUACAGAUAUGAUAUGAUGUGGGCACGGAUUCAAGGAAGGAAAACUUUGUUUUACCUACUAAACUACUACUAUUAUUGCUACUUUGUACAUUCCGGUGUAUGGAAUUGAUGGGAGUUCAGUUGAGUGUUAAUAAACAAAGAACCAUGAAAUUA